GUGUGCGCUUUGUCGCUGCAGAAGUGUGAAACGAUCAUCUCCACGCGCCGUCAUGGCUUUCACAAAGACCUACACUGGAGACAUGGACGAAGACUAUGAAGCUUACAGCUAUGACAAUAACACAUAUAUUGAUGACACCUGCGAUGGCGAAAACCUGAUGUUCCUGAACUUUUACUCCGUGUUCAGCCCGGUGCUCAACAGCCUCAUCUUCCUUCUGGGUUUGGCCGGAAAUGGCCUGAUGGUCGCCAUCCUCCUGAGGCGUCACCGUCGGCUGCGCAUCACUGAGAUCUACCUGCUGCACCUCGCCCUGGCCGACCUCAUGCUGAUAUUCACGCUGCCUUUCAACGUGGUGGAAAGCGUCGCCGGAUGGAUGUUCGGGGAGUUUUUCUGCAUGCUCAAUGGCGUGUUGAGGAACCUGAACCUCCUGUGUGGGAGUUUCCUCCUGGCUUGCAUUGGAUUCGAUCGGUAUCUGGCCAUCGUCCAAGCAAUCCCCAGCAUGCAAAGUCGACGCCCGAAAAGAGUGCACCUCACCUGUGCUUCGCUUUGGCUCAUCUGCUUUCUGUUGUCACUGCCCAACGCCGUCUUUCUCUCUGUCAAGCCAAACACAAACGACUCCUUGCCCGAGUGUGAUUAUUACCGUUACGAAAUCAAUUCGCAAAACUGGGUUGUGGCCAACAGGGUUUUGCAUCAUGUGAGCUUUUUCUUCUCGCUGGCCGUCAUGUGUUACUGUUACUCUGCACUUGUCAUCACUUUGUUCAAGAGUCAGAAAAGCCAAGCGAAGAAGGGAGCCGUCCGACUGGCGUUGCUCGUCACCAUUGUGUUUUGUGUCUGCUGGCUACCCAACAACAUCGCCUCACUGAUGAGAACCCUCGUUGACCUGGAAGUCAUGAGUGAAACCUGCUGGUCCAAGAAAGUCCUAGCUCAAGCUCUCGCUGUGACGGAGAGUCUGGGUGUCUCGCACUGCUGGCUCAACCCGUUUCUGUACGCGUUCGUCGGGGUGCACUUUCGUAAUGAGCUUUUGCAUCUGCUGUGUCGUCUGGGCUGCGGCCGCUCUUGCCUGCGGUUUACCAAAGGUCAAAAUUACGGAAGACCGUCUGUUUCUGAUGGAACGACAUCGAACAGCCUGGUCAUGUACUGACCAACGACUCAGAUUUAGACGGCAUCAAGCUGUACGCCAAGAGUGAGCGAGACAUCGACUCACUGAUCCACACCACCAGGAUCUACAGCACUGACAUCGGGAUGUCAUUCGGACUAGAGAAGUGUGGUCGGCUGAUCACAAAGAAGGAGAAGGUCAUCCACACAGAAGGAGUCUCACUCCCACAAGGAACAAUAGCAGAUAUAGAGGACAGUUACAAGUACCUAGGUAUACCACAAGCAAAUGGCAACCUCGAUGAGGCCACAAGGAAAGGAGCCACAGCUAAAUACCUCCAACGAAUGAGAAGCCCUGAGAAUUCAGCUAAGAACAAAAUCCGUGUGAUAAACAUCUAUGCCUCAGUAAUCAGAUACUCUGCUGGAAUAUAUAUACUGUAUAUAUUCAACAUUUCCUCUUUCUGUAUUCACAAUCUUGUAUUUACUGUGAGGAUGAAAGAUAUCCUGCUGUAAUGAACUGUAUUAUUUGCUUGUAUUGUAGCUAAACAAGGUUUUUCUG